AUGCAAACAACGGACCCGGGGAAACGUGCCAAGGACCCACCGCUUGCGGCUAAUAACAACUACAACAGUACCACGUCGUCGACAACUUUGCCACCGAAACCGCCGCCACCAAGGUAGCAAACGCCUCCACCGGGAUCAUGGGGAUCGCGCGCCAGCAUCUUGCGAUGGCGUGGUUCCAGGCGCCUGGUGCUCGUCAUCGUUGCCAUUGCGCUGCUGCUCGACAAUAUGCUGCUGACCGUCGUUGUGCCAAUCAUUCCGGAAUUCCUGUACGACAUCAGACACCCCGAUGCCCCUCUAGCUAGCUUUCCUAAAACACCACCGACGACGCUUUCACCGUGUGAGAAAGAAACCACUACUCCGUACAAUGGGAUUGACAUCACCACUCCUGGUUAUGAUAACGCAAGUUGGCAUGCAGAACGAGAGGAACGUCACAAGGAGCUGGUGGAGGAAACGGUUGAAGUUGGCCUUAUGUUUGCAUCGAAAGCUUUCGUCCAGCUACUUGCCAACCCCAUAGUCGGUCCAUUAACGCAUAAGAUAGGUUAUAGUAUUCCCAUGUUCACUGGGUUCGUUAUUAUGUUCAUUUCUACAUUAAUUUUUGCAUUCGGUAGAACGUAUCCCGUUCUAUUCCUGGCUAGAGCAUUGCAGGGUAUAGGUUCGUCCUGUUCGUCCGUGUCCGGCAUGGGAAUGCUGGCCGAUCGAUACACCGACGACAAAGAACGUGGCAACGCCAUGGGUAUAGCGUUAGGUGGAUUAGCUUUAGGCGUACUAAUUGGUCCUCCGUUCGGAGGAAUAAUGUAUGAGUUUGUUGGAAAGUCGGCUCCGUUCCUGGUGUUGUCUGCCCUGGCUCUUGGAGAUGGACUCCUGCAGCUGGUGAUGAUGCAACCUUCGGUCGUAAUUGAGGAAUCCGAUCCACCUUCGUUGAAACAGUUGGUUAUGGAUCCGUACAUUAUUGUGGCGGCCGGAGCGAUCACCUUUGCCAAUAUGGGCAUUGCCAUGUUGGAACCGUCAUUGCCCAUUUGGAUGAUGGAUAACAUGGGUGCUAGCCGGUGGGAACAAGGCGUGACCUUCUUGCCAGCAUCAAUCAGUUAUCUAAUAGGAACGAAUCUCUUUGGACCACUGGGUCACCGUAUUGGACGGUGGCUUGCCGCGCUUCUAGGUCUGGUUAUCAUUGGUCUGUGCCUGCUGUGUAUACCAAUGGCCACCUCGAUCCACCAUCUAAUCAUCCCGAAUGCAGGUCUCGGGUUCGCCAUCGGUAUGGUGGACUCAUGCAUGAUGCCGGAGUUGGGUUACUUGGUGGAUAUUCGCCACUCGGCCGUGUACGGCAGUGUCUACGCCAUCGGAGAUGUGGCUUUCUGCUUAGGCUUUGCAAUCGGACCCGCUCUGAGUGGUACCUUGGUAAACACCAUCGGUUUCGAGUGGAUGUUGGUGGGAAUUGCAAUUCUGUGCUUCCUGUACGCGCCAUUACUGACACUGCUACGGGCGCCACCGACCAAGGAGGAAAAGAAGGUAAGCGGCAUCGAGAACGGUGGCCUCACGCUGGACAAUGGCAAACAAGCGAUACAGACCAUAAUGGGUGGUGGAGAGCGCAACGGUGGAACCGCCCCACCGAACGAACCAAAUAGCACUCAGGAUCUGACGCAAACGCGGCCGGCAACGCCAAUUGGCAAUGCUCCUCAGGAAAACUACACGACAAAGCUUUAACGCUAAUUUUAAUUUAUGUAUUUUGGAUCUUUUUUUUUAUCUGACUUAUGUUUAAGUAUGUUGUUUCUAAAGGCAUUCCAAUUGACAACUUAAAUUUCUAGGUAUUAUUUACAUAAGAAAAACCAUGUGCCUUACAAAGCAGUGCCUUCUCAUAGAUUAUAAUUAGGUUUAAUUAAUUGUGAGAAUUUUGAUUGUUUUAAACAUCGAAAAUAAAAGUUAUAAUUUAACAUUUUUA